AUGACCGACUCCUCGACACCAGACCCCUGCCCAGUGCCUGACCCCACUAUUGUGGAGCCCUCUACUCGGAACGGACAGUGUGCCCCGCCGGAACAGCACCCACCCAAACGGGCGAAUCUGGAAGACCCCUUCAACAUGGACCGGGACCAAGAGAUGAAAAUAAGCGACAGCGUAGAGGGUCAAGGGUUGCUGGAGAGCAGCAUGCGACUGAAGCCCCAUGAAGCCCAGAGCUACCGCAAGAAGGCAUUGUGGGUAUCCUGGAUCUCCAUCGUGGUGACGCUCAUCCUGGCCGUGGCUGCGUUCACGGUUUCCUUCAUGAGACACAGUGCCUCAGCCUUUGGAUUUGCUUUUGACGCCACGUUGGACGUGCUGUCCUCCAUCAUAGUUCUUUGGCGCUACAGCAACGCAGCUGCCGUGCACUCUGCCCACCGGGAGUACAUAGCUUGUGUGGUCCUGGGGGUGGUGUUCAUCCUGUCCUCCCUGUGCAUUCUGGGGAAGGCGAUCCAUGACCUGGCAACCAAGCUACUCCCUGAAGUGGAUGACUUCCUCUUCAGCGUCUCCAUCGUGAGUGGACUCAUCUGCAUCAUCCUGGCCGUGCUGAAGUUCAUGCUGGGGAGGGUCCUAACCAGCAGGGCCCUCAUCACCGACGGGUUCAACUCCCUGGUUGGAGGGGUGAUGGGGUUCUCCAUACUCGUCAGCGCUGAGGUCUUUCGCCACGACCCCACGGUGUGGUACCUGGAUGGGACAAUAGGGGUGCUGAUCGGACUCAUUAUCAUGGGUUAUGGUGUCAAGCUGCUGGUGGACAUGGUCCCCCGGGUGAGACAGACGAGGCACUACGAGAGGUUUGAGUGA